GUGAUUGCGUCGGGGAUCAGUCAGGAUGCUGGUGAAACUGUUUGUUUUCGCGCUAAUGGUGGUUGGGGCCUUGGCUCUGGUGAUGCCGUCAAAACAUUUUCUUGGACCCUGCCCUCGCGGCACUCUCUACAGUAAACAACUGAAGAGAUGUGUUUUUUAUGAUUAUGAAGGGGAGGCCAAUAUGUUUGACUUUUUGUAUAACUGAAGAUACGUUGCCAAUUUAUUUGAACACUGCGUCAUGGGAAUGAACAAUCCAAUGUACAAGGACAACACGAAUAUAUUUAAUACUAUAUUAUAUUAUUAUGUUACCCUGUAUAGUCAAUUAUAUUGUUAGUAAUAAUGUAAGGAAAUAUAUUAAAUAAAUUACUCAUGAGUC